GCUGUCCAUGCCAAGCACCUCCGCCCGUCUCACAACACCAUCUUCGACUCUCGUUAUCCAUCACGAUAUCAUGGCGUAUGCCUUGAAAUCCAUCUCGCAAUAGCAUUCCUCCCUACAAGGAUCUUUUUAUUUUUUUCCACAAGCACACAAUGUCUCUUCUCAAGGCAUAUACAAACCUCCCACCAAAGACCAAACUUACCGUCGGCGUUGGUCUCGUGGCCUGGGGCCUUCUGGGUCUCACCUUCGGCGACAAGAUCGAGUCCAAGCUGGGCUUCACACCCACCGAGGCCGACAAGGCCGAGCUGGAAAAGCUGGCGCCCAAGAUCCACGUCGUGGAGCGAAAGUCGUGAGAGGAGCCGAAGGAUACGAUACCUUGAUCUCCGACACGCCGCAUCCAUGUCGUUAUUUAUUCCAUGCCACUCCAUGCAUGACGGGAUGUUGUUUUUGACUCGCUCUGGAUUCCCCGUGGAAGGAAGGUUGAAACGGCGAGGAGUGAUUGUUUGGCAAGGUCCGGAGCCACACCGCGCUUCGUUGCGGGAUAUCCCGACGAAAAACACGUUCGGAGUGGCAGAACUGAAUAGCGGGGGAGAAGGGAUCCUUCGGUUUCGGUGAAGAGCAAUCGGGAAAUUGUGCUUGCGUCUUCUCACGAGGGCCCUACGUUGAGAAUGGGAAGAGGCACGCGACGCCUCUACGGUCCAGGAGUGGCCCAAAAGAUGACGGCAACGCAUACGAUCAGCACACAAACAAGAAAAUGAACGACGAUAAACCGUUUAUUUUCAUGUAUCUGCAACGAGAAGCCGCUGAGCCCUGGUCUCUUGAAACGCAUGGAACAUGGCAAAAGCACAUAUGCUCUCUCCUCUACUCGACAACGCCUGGCCGAAAUUCUAAAGCAACGUAUGAAAUCUAUUCACCCCAACACCCAUCCUCCUGA